CCUUUUUCCUUUUUUGGGCGGACAUUUUUUCCUGCUUUCGGAUUAAUCCACCAAAUCCGUCUCCAGACCGCAGCGUCACACCCGAGGGGACACAACAGGGAAAACGCGAGAGAGGCGAUUUCUGCCCUAAACAAGCGAACCUGAGGUUCGUAGUGGCAUCGCCCGGGUGACCCAGCCGCCGGAGCCCGGGACCUUGCACUCGUUAACGCUUUCCAGCUACUCCUCUUCCCCUCACUUUCCCCGGACCACGGGCGCGGAUGGCGGCGGCCGUGCUGACGGACCCAGUGCAGGGGAAAGUGAACCUUGAGGACGUGUUCGUGUACUUCUCCCAGGAGGAGUGGAGGCUCCUUGAUGAGGCUCAGAGGCUCCUGUACCGCGAGGUGAUGCUGGAGAACUUUGCACUUAUGGCCUCACUGGGAUAUGCAUCUUCCACGUCCCAUGGGCUUGCCCCACUGGAGCUGGGCAGUGAGCCCUGGGUAUCUGACUGGGUAGACAUGACUCCAGCCAUGACCAGAGAGGCUCAGGGAGGGUGUGACCCUGGUUCUUGGCAUGGAACGGAGGAGGAGGUGAUACCUUUUGAGCAGAGUGUUUCUGUGAAAGGAGUGUCACAGGUCAUGAUUCCUAAGAUGGUUCUGUCUUCCCAGAAGGCCCACCCCUGUGACACAUGUGGCCCCAUCUUGAAAGACAUUUUGCAUUUGGCUGAGCACCAGGACACACACCCUGGGCAAAAACCAUACAUGUGUGUGGCAUGUGGGAAACAACUCUGGUUCCAUUCAAACCUUCACCCCCAAAAACAGCAUAGUGGAGAGAAACCCUGCACAAGGGACGAGGGCAGGGUCUUGCUCAUGAAAAGCUGCCCUGUCCAGUCAUUGAAGAUGCCCUUUGGCACAGGGGAGGUUUGUAAGGACUUCCCAGCUAGCUCAAGUAUGUUCCAGCAUCAUGCUUCUCUUAGUAAAUGGAAGCCACAAAGGAACAGCAAGACUGUAGAGUCCUUGCUCAGUGGACAAAGGCAUUAUGAGUGCAGUGAGUGUGGGAAAGCCUUCAGCCGCAAAGACUCACUUGUUCAGCACCAGAGAGUCCACACUGGAGAAAGGCCUUAUGAAUGCACUGAAUGCGGGAAAACCUUCAGCCGCAAACCCAUACUUGCACAGCACCAGAGAAUCCACACUGGAGAAAUGCCUUACGAGUGUGGCAUAUGCGGGAAAGUUUUUAAUCACAGCUCUAACCUUAUUGUACACCAGAGAGUCCAUACGGGAGCAAGGCCUUACAAGUGCAGUCAAUGUGGGAAAGCCUACAGCCACAAAUCCACGCUUGUUCAACAUGAGAGUAUCCAUACUGGAGAGAGACCUUAUGAGUGCAGCGAAUGUGGGAAAUACUUUGGUCACAAAUACAGACUCAUUAAACACUGGAGUGUUCAUACUGGGGCAAGGCCUUAUGAGUGCAUUGCAUGUGGGAAGUUCUUCAGCCAAAGUUCUGAUCUUAUUGCACACCAGAGAGUUCACAAUGGUGAAAAGCCAUAUGUGUGCAGUGAGUGUGGAAAAGCCUUUAGUCACAAACAUGUGCUUAUUCAGCACCACAGAAUCCACACUGGUGAAAGGCCAUUUAAGUGUAGUGAGUGUGGGAAGGCCUUCAGGCAGAGGGCUUCCCUCAUCAGACACUGGAAAAUUCAUGCCGGAGAAAGGCCUUAGAAUAGCAGGGAAUAUGGCAUCUUGUUCAAAAUACUGGAUGACACCAGAGAGAAGCUCCAGAGAGCCUUUGUGACGAGCCAUCCGCUGGAAGAUGAGCAUGAUGCAUUUGAACUCCCACUCUGAGGAGAUUUUUCUGUGUGCCAGAUAAAUGGGAAGCUUUCUGGAGCCAUGUUGCACUUAGUAACAUGCCAUGGUCCUCUGUGAAAGGUCCCUGCACACUAGCCAGAAGUGUAUCACUGCCAGCGUGUCUGAAAGAAGCCAUCCCCCAGUGCAACAGCAGGGCCCCAAGUUGUGUGUGAGUCGCAUGCUGGAUUUGUUCAGCCUCCAAGUCACUUACCUUGGGAAUUGCCUGCCUCACAUUGUUCUGGUUUUGCAACAAAUGCUUUUAGGUUUUUGGUGGGUUUUGUUUGUUUGUUUUUUCUUUGCUUUUUAGGGCUGAGCCUGCAGCAUAUGGAGUUUCCCAGGCUAGGGGUCAAAUCGGACCUGCAGCUGCCAGCCUACACCACAGCCACAGCAAUGCUGGAUCUGAGCUGCGUCUGCAACAUAUAUCGUAGCUUGCAGCAAUGCCGGAUCCUUAACACACUGAGGCUAGGGAUCCAACCUGCAUCCUCAUGGAUGCUAGUUAUGUUCAUUAACUGCUGAGCCGUGGCGGGAACUCCAUGCAACAAAUUCCUUAGGUUUUUUGUUUUGUUUUGUUUUGUCUUUUUGCCUUUUCUAGGGCUGAUUCCUGUGGCAUAUGGAGGUUCCCAGGCUAGGGGUCUAAUCGAAGCUGUAGCCACCAGCCUAUGCCAGAGCCACAGCAACGCGGGAUCCAAGCCGUGUCUGCGACCUACGCCACAGUUCAGAGCAACGCCGGAUCCUUAACCCACUGAGCAAGACCAGGGAUCGAACCCGCAACCUCUUGGUUCCUAGUCAGGUUCAUUAACCACUGAGCCACAACAGGAACUCCCCACAAAUUCUUUAGCUUUUAAGCUACCGUUUGUCCUGGGGAUUCUGUUCACUUUGCGGAUUGAGUUGAGGACAGAGUUGGGCUCUGCCUGCCUGAAGGGAUGCACAGCUUCUGUGAGAGCUCCAACUGGUGUGUCUCAGUGGUAGUAGCAGAAGGGCAAAGAAAGACCAGCUUUCAUUCUAGUUUCAGCCUAAUUUGCCUUGCUGCUUGAAGCCUCCCAGCUGAGAAUACCAGUCUUUGUGGGCUUGCCAUGUGGCCAGUGUUGUGACAACCUCUGGUGUGUCCGGGAGCAGCAUGAAUGGAGUUCCUUGUUCCUGGGGGAUGCUUCAUAUUUCCCAGCCAUCUUGAGGGGAACUUGAUUCCCUGGGACAUAGCAACAUUCCUUAAAUCUCUUAUUUGGUAGGCAGAUGUCAUUGUCUCCUAAAAAGCCCUGGAAGGAAUCAUAAUUGAUACAGAGAUGCUGAUUAAUAAGAGGUCGGGAGAUUGUAGUCACCUGUAGGGAAAGUAACUCUUAAAAAGUGUGUCCACAGAUGUUUCUAUCACUCUGGCUUUGGUAUGGGGCUUUACAGAAAUCCCCGUUUGUUUCUUAUAAUUUUAUGGCUAUGAUCACUGAGAAAUCUAAACAUUUUCUGCAGUUAGUUGCACAUAUUUAUAGUAUAUAAUUUGAUAAGUUUUGGUACAUGUUUGCACCUUUGAAACCAAGUAUCUUGAUUCCUUUUAAAAUAUCUCCCCCCUCACCCAUUCCCAGGCAAGUACUCAUCUUGCUUUCUGUCACUAUAGAAUUGUUUGCAUUUCCUAGAAUUUUAUGUACGUGUGUGUGGAAUAAUUUUUUUUUGGCUCUCCGCAGCGUGUGAAAGUUCCUGGGCCAGUUAUGGAACCCAUGCCAAAGCAAUGACCAAGACCCUGCACUGACAACACUGGAUCCUUAACCUGUUAUGCCACAAUUGAACUCAUGGAAUAAUUUGAAAUGUACUAGGAGUUCCCUGGUGGCUGAACUGUUGGGCGGGAGUUAAGGCUCUGGCAUUGUCACUGCUGUGGCUGUGGUUACUGCUGUGAUGUAGGUUCACUUUUUGGCCCAGGAACUUCCACAUGCUGUGGGCGUGGCUAAAAGCAUAUGUACUAGUUAUGUAUCUGACUUUUUUUUUUUUUUCUUGUCUUUUUAGGGCUGCAUCCACAGCAUAUGGAAGUUCCCAGGCUAGGGGUCUAAUUGGAGCUGCAGCUGCCAGCCUACACCACAGCCACAGCAACUUGGGAUCCGAGCUGCAUCUGUGACCUACACCACAGCUCACAGCAAUGCUGGAUCCUUAACCCCCUAAGCGAGGCCAGGGAUCGAACCCACUUCCUCAUGGAUACUAGUUGGGUUCGUUACCACUGAGCCAUGAUGGGAACUCCCGUACCUGGCUUUUUUAACUCUGCAUAAUUAUUUUGUGAUUUAUCAAUGUUCUGUGUAUCAGUAGUUCAUUGUUUUUCAUCCAUACUUCUGCUUAAACUAUUCCAUUUUGGAGAAAUUGUUUAAAGCAACUGACCUAGGAGAGAACUCACAAGAAUGAAGCUACAGUAUCUGUUACAACCUUAACUGGGAAGUGAUGUGCCAUCGUUUCUGACUUAGCCUAUGUGUAACCCAGACUAGUCCUGGUACAAGCUGGAAGGGAGCUCCAAAGUGGUGAGAAGACAAAGAGGUAGGGAUUUGUGGGAGGGUUUCUUGGAUACUGGUGACCACAACCAUAGUUGUUUUUCUUUUCUUUUUUCUUUUUUGCCACUCCCAUGGCAUGCCACAGGCCAGGGAUCAAACCUGCACUGCUGCAGCAAUCCAAGCCACAGCAGUGACAGUGCUGGAUCCUUAACCCUCUGAGCCACUGGGGAACUCCUAUUUCUUUCUUAAUUGUUUGCUGUGAGUCUCCAGUGAAGUAUCUGUUCCUGGAGUCUUAUUCUAUGGGAAGGUUUCUAACUAGAAGUUUAAUUUCCAUUGUGGACAUGUAUUUAUACAAGUUAUCUUUUUUUUUCUUUUGUUGGGCUUUCAUGGUUUGUAUCUUUCUCAAGGAGUGAGUUUGUUUAGUGAAAUCUUUCAAGGAAUUCUCUUAUUAUUUUAGUACCUGUAGAAUGUGUAGUAUCCCACCUCUCUUAUUCCUGAUACUGGUAAUGUCUAUAUUUCUCUUUUUUUCUUGAUCAGAAGUUUAUCAGCUUUACUAAUUUUCUUAAAGCAGUUGAUUUCACUGAUUUUUCUAUUUUUCUGUUUUUUUCCCCUGUUCCAAUUUGACUUUUACUAUUGCUUUGUGUAGUAGUAGUCAGUGUAUUUCCUUUUUCUUCUGCUGCUGCUUUUUAACAUAGAAGCUGAGAUCCUUCACUUGAAACUUUGGGAUUUUUUUUCCCUAAUAUAGGUGCUAAAUAUUAAAAGU